UAGCUUGGAAUUUCUUUCGAGUCACCUUAAAACGAGACUAUCAAAGAACACGUUCAAUAAUAUUACAAAUGCUCUUGUCUAGUGUAGAUAGUGAUAAUGUAUAUUAAGCAGACUAAUAAUAGGCGAUGGGCAUUACACGCGCGGCAAUUACAAAACGUCGGUCUAGGUGCUUUCAUUAUGACACAGUAUACGUAUAGCACCAACAAGCGAAUUGCCAAAAGAGAUUGCUUUUUGUCUAUAGAUUCAAUAUAUUUAAUUUCUAAAGAUCGGUGAGAGUGGCAUUAGGUUCUUUUGAAUUUUCAUUUCUUACGUGCCUCGUAGAACAUAUGUUUUCAACUAAAUUACACCUAAUGAGAAAAGGCAACGGAUGCAAUAAAAAAUUCUCCAUUAAAGAUUGACGGAAAGUAUAAAACAAACAAUGAUGAUUAUUUUAUGUAGAUAGCUUAAUUAGUAUAUUGAAAACUCUUGAUGAAGUGAAUUGAGUCGCAAUUCAUCAUCUUCGACAUAUAAACAAUCGUUUUGAAAAGAAAGCACAGAAUCUAAUUACUUGAAUCGAUUUUAAUUGACCCCACGCUUCAACAUCAGAUACCUCCUUCAGAACAUGGGAUUGUUGAGUUGGGAGAGGAAAAGGCGCAUCUAGAUCUUAAUCUUGCCGCCCUUGUCACAAAUCUCAGUUAAGUGUUGAACACGCAAAGGGAUCGAAGGCACAAAGGGUCGAAAAGGUUCACUAGUACAUUUAGAAACUUGCCAACAGAGAUAUAUCAUCGUCCUUUUUUAAAAUUUAGGUCGACAUUGCCAGAUCACAAGUUUUAAAACUGCUUAGUCACUAGUUCUCAUAAUUUCUACCUAUCAAAUUUGGCGAUCACAUCUCAUGGAUACAUAUCUAUAGAAGUACUACACUGAUUACAUAUCUAGUAUUCACCGCUAAAACUUACUUUAUACAAAGGGAAACGAUAACUUACUCAAAGUUUAGACCUAAAAAUGUAUUUACAAUCAAGAGAAGUAUUUUAGUGAAUAUACCUUAUCGGCUGUGGAGGAUUCAAAGCGGAAGAAAAUAUUUCUACGAUGAAAUUCAUGUCAAACGGAACUAAAAGAGUAUAAUAUCCUCAUUGAGGGUUCUGAAUUUCGUGGUUAUUGAAAAACAGAAUGGGUUUGGUAACCUCAAUCUUCAGAGCUAUCAAAAUCUUCAAAAAGAUACGAACAUCAUCAACAAAGCUGACAGAAGCGAUACCUUCUUCGCGUCUCGGUGACCUAUCCACCGCUAUAUUCACUUCGCCUUCGGCGAAUAAUUGUCAAAUAAUAUAUGUAAUAUUGUUUUUUUUAUAGACAAGAUGAUAACGGUGCUUAGCCGAAGGAAUUACUCAUUCUUAUUUGUGACAGUUAUCAUUCUAUCAGAGGCGCUGCACUCGUGUGCAAAUUACACUGGCGGGCUAGAAACCCCUAUCAACGGCACCUCGGGAACAGAGUCACAACCAGGAUCAGGACAGAGACCACAAGGACCAAAUGGACCACAGGGACCAAAUGGACCACAGGGACCAAAUGGACCACAAGGACCAAAUGGACCACAAGGACCAAAUGGACCACAGGGACCAAAUGGACCACAAGGACCAAGUGGACCACAAGGACCAAGUGGACCACAAGUACCAAAUGGACCACAAGGACCAAGUGGACCACAAGGACCAAAUGGACCACAAGGACCACCAAGACUGGAUUUAGGGCCUUCUCUUGAUUUUGGCUGGCUCGAUUUACUUCCACCUCUUAUCCCCGAAUGCUAUCAAGGCGAAGGACUGAAUACCGACCCUGCGUAUUACGAGAUCGCGAUAAUGCUCAUGAUUGGGAAAUGCCAUUCAAACGUGCCACGCCUAACUUGCCACAAUCGAUGCGGUGCUAGCGAGAGAACCACGCAACAAAAGUGCUAUUGUGACGUCAUCUGCAACGAAAUAGGGGACUGUUGCUAUGACUACCGGUCGACGUGCAAUAUCACGAGUACCGCACCCCGAAGAGAGUCAACUCCCAAAAGGCAAUGCUCGAAUGGGUACUACAUCGCACGCACGUGCCCCGAAAAUACGGAUCGAUAUCUCGACGGACAGUGCACGGCAGAUGGCGAAACACCAUCGACAAACGAUCGCGACUUGCUUCGUAACUUACCCGUCUUGGACCGCAACACGAACGUGACUUAUAAAAACUCCUACUGCGCCAAAUGCCAUAUGGCAACCAAGUUAACCUACUGGACAGCCGAAGCCUCUUGCCCCACGGUUUACCCAAACUCGUCCUUCGAUGAAGAACUAUUGUCAUUCGUCCAAACCAAUUGUACCUUGACAUACCAUGAACCACAGCAUACACCAGCGAUGAGAUGCGAGCAGCAGACGCCCGGAUACCAACAGCCUUUAGUUGGCAACUCCACAGCUCUUAAUGCGUGUAAAGAGCAUUGCGAGGCGUAUUCCUUCCCCGUCUUUGUGCUCAAAUGGUCUGGGUGCGAGUAUUACAAGAAUCCCCACUGUGCGCUCCUGCGAGGUGUAAGACCCACUGAUUUGUCAUGCGGAAAGUGUCCAAGUGAACGGCUCCCUGUGCUCCCUAACCUAGCGAUACUUUUCGAUUUUCUCGAAGCAGGAACGUACGUGGAGGAAAGAAGACUCAAGGGUCCAAGGCAAUACUCAAAGGGAACAAAGUUCAGACCACGCCCUCAACCCUGCAGCAAAAACCAGAUAUACGACCCUUUCCGUAGCAAAUGUAGACAAAUUUACCAUCAACAACUAAACCACAAGAAACAAUCACAUUACCCUACCUACAGCAACGGCGUUAGUAACAACACUAAUAAGGACAACUAUGAUCCGAACUGCAACUACGUGACUUACAAUAAGACGGAUGUCUACAUUUAUGGUAACGGCUCCUUAGUAUUGGCGCCAAAUGGUACAGAACUCUUCAACGUGUCUUACUUCCGGUCAGGUGACCUCAUCGCUGUCUGCAUAAAGCAAGAGGCCUUACAAAACUUCUUUACGCGGGGCCUUUAUCUCGCUGGUGCACAGCGAUCUCUUGGAAUAAUGACCCUUGCUGGUAGCACCAUCUCAAUGUUAGCACUUAUUUUCCUGUUCGUCUGCCACGGAUACUUUCCUGAACUGAGGAAUUUCCCGGGCAAGAUACAGAUCAACCUCGCUGCAGCACUGCUAAUGUUCCACGUGUUCUUCUUAAUGGUCGGUGUUAAUUCUGUGCGAGGCCUGUGCAAGGUUGUAGCGAUUGGAAUCCACUUCUUCUUAUUGGCUGCUUUCCUCUGGAUGGCUGUCAUGGCGUAUGACGUACAUCGAACUUUUACAAAUCAAGAAAAAGCCAUGGUCCAGUCUUCUCGCCGCUUGCUGAAGGUGUAUGCGCUCGUGGCUUGGAUCACUCCGGCUGCCAUCGUCAUACUAUGCCUAGUGAUCGAUAGCUUGCUUUCAGGUUCUCUUGACUAUGGAACUGGUGCCUUUUGUUACAUCUCGAGUCGCUGGGGAUUGCUUUUCGCGUUCGUGAUCCCUGUUUUCUGUAUCUUAGCCUGGAAUUCUAUCUGUUUGACGAGGACCUUAUGCCAUAUCCACAACGCCCGACAAGCUUCCCGCCACUUGAGGACCAGCAGCCGUAGACAUGACGACGGACUGCCAAUCAUGUGUUUGCGUAUGACGUCAGUGGUGGGCCUGCCGUGGCUUCUUGGGUUUGUGGCGGCGGUUGUUCCGUCGUGCCAGCCUUUGUGGUUCAUCUACACUGCCCUCAACAGCCUACAAGGUUUCUUUAUAUUUGCAUCGUUUGUGUGCAGUUCGCGCGUCAAACUUGUGCUCAGAAGAAAAUUUUCUCGCUCAAGUUCGAGACAAAGUAACACUACAAUGAUAGAAAUGAUGACGCCGAUACGACAAGCAGGCCCUGGAAAUGAUGACAACAAUAUGACAAGCGAACCAUGAAAAUGAUGACAACAAUAUGACAAGCGAACCAUGGAAAUGAUGACAAUAUGACAAGCGAACCAUGGAAAUGAUGACAAUAUGACAAGCGAACCAUGGAAAUGAUGACAACAAUGAUGACAUUAAGCGAAGCCUUGAAUUGGAAGCCCAAAGAAUCACAGUUGCAGUGCCUAGUGUCAAAUGCUGAAAGAAGUUACGUUAUCAGUUGCGGGUGUAGUUUGAAGUUUUCUGUGUGCUGCGCUAAGGGCUGGACCUCGAUUAUCGAAACAUCCCAAUCGCAUGUCAAUACACCAAUUGUGUGAAAAUACCCUAAAUAAAAAACGUCAUCUAUCUA